UUUCAUUUGUUGUUUCUCUAUUUUAGGCUUAAAAUUGCGAGUCCACGAUGACGGAUUUCAAUGCAUCCGGAGUCAUUCUGUCUUUGGAUGAGUACUUCGAUCAAUGCGUAGAACCGAAACCCAAAAUACCGCCACGAUACUCGUGUAAUGCGGCCUCCAAGGGCGGCAAUCGCCAGCCGGGGCACUUGCGGUCCUACAAGGACCAGGAUCAGGAUGGCGACGACGAUGAAAUUGAAGAUUUCCAGGGCUCCGUGCUAGAAAAUGGCCAAUCGAUUCUGACCAAUUUCGAUUCUACUGCCUCGCAAAUCAACUUUGAGAUGAAUGACUUUGAUAAGGUGUACUGGGAGCAGGAGUCCCAAAGCUCGGAGGCCUCACAAGGCUCAGCCACGUGCCGCAUGUUUGGUAACAACGUCAACCGGGCAUCAGCGGCAGCUCAACCGGGGCUCAGUGACCAGGCACGUGGUCACGUUAAGUCGCGCCUUGAUCUGAGAGAAGGCUCUCGAUUUCGUAAUAGUUUUAACAAGGGACGCAAACGUCAGUACAAUCUCCAUACGCGGAACGAAUUCCAUCGUCAACAGCAGCAGCCCCAGAUUGCUAAGGAGCAGGGACUGCGAUCCGCCUACAAUGCCUUCAGCAGCCAAAAAAUCCAUCCAAAUCAACAAACUGACCUACAAAUUGGUGUAAAUAAACAUUUCCAGUAUACUCACCAGGCACCCAUUGAUCUGCGUAGCAGCCGCAACAACAAGGGACCUGACCACUAUGACUGGACCGGCUCCACCUCGAUCGGCUCUUUAAUGGAUUCGGUGUCCCAUAUUCCGGAUAAUCGUGUCAAGAACCACUUGCCCUGUGAAACCAUCACGCGUUACACGGACAACUCGAUGGGCGUGUUUGCUGGAGAAGAGCGGGAUAUUCAUAGCCCGCAGACUGGUCUGGAACCCGCCGCAGUUGAUUCCGAGCGCAUGAAAGUCAGUAAAAUGGCCCGUAACGUGUUGCUCAUGCUCAAGAGCGUUGCCCAACAAAACAACCAAGGAGACUCGUGUGACAUUUUCAAGAACAUUGACUGGAUCAACGGACCGGUGGAGGAGCCCCGAAGUGUCGCAUUUCCUGAACGUGAAGGGGGAAGGGACGAACUGCAUCGUUUUAACUAGAAAACCGACAUCAAGUUGCAUUUAGAGGA